CCGCGGUGGCCGGGGCGAUCGGGGCGCCAGCGCCUCCGGGCGCCAGCGCCGGGGAGCAGGGGCGGAAAGGCGGCGCUUCCGGCGCGUCGCGGCGGGGACAGGUGGCGAGGCGGGCGGGGCCCGCGAGCGCGCUGGGCCUCAUGGCGCAGCUGCCGGGCAGGAGCUGGCAGCAGCUGUCGGGCAUGUGGGCGAAGAAGUCCGUGCGGAUGUACUCGGAGCCCCACUGGGUGCUGCUGCUGCAGCUGGCGGUGGUCGUGUUCUGGCGCGCGGCGGUGGAUAGGCGCCUGGCGCACCGGCUGGCGCGCGCGUGGCACCGCCUGCGCGCCUGGCGCGUGCGCGCGGCAGGGGAGUGGCUGCGGGCCCGCGGCUGGGCCGAGGCCGAGCGCGCCCUCGCCGAGCCCCCCGAGGCCGCGGCGGAAGACACGGACGCCCAGGAGCCGCUGGUGGUGCGAGGGGAGGGCCCGGUGGCGCCGCUGGAGCCCGAGCCCGCGCCCGCCGCGGAGGGCGGCGUGCAGCAGUGGCUGCGGCUGCUGGGCGCGGCCGAGGCGCCGCUGCUCGUCUGCGUGGUGGUCUCCGCGGCGUGCCACGCCGCAGUGGUAGUGCUCCAGGGGGUCCGCCUCACCGGCGCCAACGCCACGAUGGGGGGCGCCAUCCAGCGCGUCUGGGUGCUCCAGGUGCUCAACUACACCCUGAGCACGUGGUGGCUGGCCCUGCGCCUGCUGAACCAGCGGCUGGACCAGUCGAAGUCGCGGCCCAACGUGUCGGGCGACCUGAGCAACCUGGAGGAGUCCGUGCCCGCAACCUCGAGGAGGUUCGCGCAGGAGUCGUCAAUGGUGCAGCUGGCCAAAGCGGCAGCGUCCAUCACCGCCGGGCUCAUAUGUCUCAAGCACCUCGGCUACAAUAUCAGCAAGCUGCUGGCGGUGACAAGCCUCAGCGGGGUCGC